CAUCACAGAGAGACCUGCGCCUCUAAAAGCAGCGCGAGAUUCCUUCUCUCCCGCAUAACAGACAAGAGCGGUCAUUCAACGCUGGUCUCUCUUCCGUCAUUACCACCUCUCAGCAUGCCUUCAAAUGUCAAUACACAAGGCGGGAAAGCCUUCGGGUUGCUUAAAGCACAGCAGAGGGAGAAGCUGGAGGAAAUCAAUAAGGAGUUUAUGGAAGAUCAGAAGUAUCGGGAUGAGGAGGAUUUGGCAGAGAAGCUGGAUUCUUUUAAAAAAUCACAGCUGUCAUGUAACUGACCUCUACAUUCUGCCGCUGUCAGAUGAUAAGUAUGCAGAAUUUGACCUUAACGAUCAGGGGGAUAUUGUGCUGGCCGCCUCCCACAUAAAACACAGAUCACACAUACAACAUGAUGGGUCUGAAGAGAAUGAUGGAGAAGCUGGGUGUUCCAAAGACUCAUUUGGAGAUGAAGAAAAUGAUCUCAGAGGUGACGGGGGGCUGCAGCGACACCAUCAACUACAGGGACUUUGUCAAAAUGAUGCUUGGCAAGAGAUCAGCUGUCCUCAAACUGGUUAUGAUGUUUGAAGAUAAAGCUAACGGGACCAGCUGUAAACCUGAUGGGCCGCCACCCAAACGUGACAUCACCAGCCUACCAUAGAUCAGCUGAGGAGUGGAGAUUGAUUUGAAAAGACCUCCCUGCAUUUGCAAAUCCGCCCAAUUAACAUUAGGGGCUAGGUUUAAAUAGCCUUACCUAGAAUCUGUUGCCAAGACCCUGGGAAAAUCUUAGUUCAAAGAAGGACAAAAUGGGUAAAAAAGAGAACGAUGUCUAUAUAUAUACUGUGAAAAAGUCAAAGCGCAAAGUAGCUUUUUAUAAGUAAACAAAUGUAUAUAUUUAUAUAAAAAGGGUGUUUCUGAAUAGUGUUUACAAGCACAAAUCCUGUCACUGGUGAAGUAAUGGUAACGUUUAGUGUGUAACACUGCAAGUGUACGAAGUAUAGUGUACAGGAUGACACCAUUUUAGGUUGCAAGACAAAUUUUUAGAAUUAAGAUUUUUCUUCAAAAUCCUAGUGUGCUUGUUCUUUUCCACUAUAUUUGUGUUUGCCAGUACAGUCUAAUUUGCAAUUCAUUCAAAACGCUUGAAGCAUUUUUCAGCUUGUACUAACUCUACUCACCGUGUCCUGUAGUGUGACAUCAUAGAUGUGUGUGAGGCUGUUUUGUUUUAAGAUUCGGUUAGUGCUCGGCCAGUUGCCAUGAAACAGCUUUUGAUUUAGGUUGGUGUUCUAACUUAUCUGGUGUUCCUAAAUGCAGGAUUUCCUUUUGUGUUUUUAACAUUUCUUUACAGGAAGGCAAGGGAAGGGAGAGUGCUGGGAUUUGAGGGAGGGAGCGAGCCACAGAGGGAAAACCAAGAAUUAGAAUAGUUUUCAUUCAUCAAAUUUGUUUGCUCAUUCCGUUUCACCAUUUUUCACUUUUUUUCCCACACUGUCUUCACACUCUCCCUGAUACUUGUCAACCUGUAUGUGUGUUGUAUGGCUUGUCUGAACUAAAUGACUGUAAUCUGUAAUCUUACUGUACUGUAACAGCACAUUAACAGUUAAGCAUAUACAUUGUACAGAUAUGCUUUGAAUCAGACUUUUAGGAUGUGCUUAAUUCUCCUGCUUAGAAUUGAUCAUGGAUAGAUGUGUCUUUAGGACCAGCUGCAUUUAAGAUCCCUAGGGGUCUUAUCUUUGGUCACUGUAUGGCUAUGAAACCACUCUUUCCAAGUGCCUCACUCAGUUUGAUGUAGCAGAUGUUUUGAGUGAAGAUUGAGUGAAGCAUCUUUGAAAAGGAUUGUGUGUGUGUGUGUGUGUGUGUGUGUGUGUGUGUGUGUGUGUGUGUGUGUGUGUGUGUGUGUGUGUGUGUGUGUGUGUGUGUGUGUGUGUGUGUGUGGGUUUAGGUUUGGGUUUAUGCAUGUAUGUGCUUGGAAUUUAUAUUCUGAGUCGCAUUUUCAGACAUUCCAGGAAUGUCUUUGUGUGGUGGAGUCCUUGGAAAUCUGUUUGUCUUGUUUUAACUCAAGCAAGCAUAAAUGUUGUGCAGCUCUGCUGAGAUUAUGUAGUGCUGUUGUCCUCUUAUUCUUUUAUUUUCCACUUGCCUCAAGUUUUCUAUCUAUAAAAUCAGUUCCAUGUGAUGUUUUGUGAAAGGCAAUCCCUAUUGUUAAGUAGAAUUUUUUUUUUUUUUUCUUUUAGUUUGUUUCACCGAGUCUCCUUUCUGACUAUGAGUAAGAUAAGGUCAUGACAGAUCAGUCAGCAGAAGUGUUGUGUUUUGAACUCUAUCUGCAAACAAAACCACUUUUAUUUGUUUGAUUUGUUUGAUUGUUUAUUUGUCACAUGUGAUGUUUUAUGGGGUUUAUUGUUGUGCCUCUGUUCAAUUGUAUUUCAUUGACUUUUUAUUUUCCUCUUAAAAUAAUUUGCAUAUGAAUCAAUAGCUGCAUUGUAUUGCUAUUUAUUAGAAAAUCUUUUUUUAAUGAGUUAUUAGUUUUCUCUGUCAGCUUAUUAAUUAGUGGAGGCAUUUUUAAAGUUAUAAAUGUCCCCAAAUGUGCAUCAAAUGUUUUUUUUUUUUGGCAAAUACCAAAGGCAGUAAAGAUCCUACUGUUACACCUAAA